UUAUAUGUUUUGAGGAUUAUCCAAAUACCGUUCUUGAUUUAUUUCUUUCUUGUUCAUAUUCCUAUUUGGGUUUGGGUGGGGUGCAACAGUUGUUCCUCUUGCAGGAGUGUGAGUAUGUGAUACAGAAUGUCUGGGAGGGAUUAGCUGCUUCUUCUUAAAAGCAAACUCUCUGUUAGACUUUCUGCAUUGUUGGAGAAGACAACUGAGCAGGGAGCUGUUGCCAUUGGCGGCUGCUCGCCCUUGGGAACUGAAUUGGAUAAAAGGUGCAAUACGCCAGUUAACAAGAUGUUGACAAUCAAGCCCAUGGCUAUAAUCUGCUUCUCCACAUUGUGUUUACUUCUCGUGGACUGCAUCAUUUCUGAGGAUCAUAUCGUCAUUACCAAACACGGAAAAGUAAAAGGGGUGCAGAUAUCAGUACCCUCUGGUACAGUUACAGCUUUUCUUGGAAUUCCAUACGCAGAGCCCCCAGUUGGCGAAUUAAGAUUUAAAAAACCUGAGCCUCCAAAGUCAUGGUCAGAUGUGCUGCAUGCUUUAAACUAUAGAAAUUCCUGCUUUCAAAUAGCAGAUGAAACAUUUCCAGGCUUUUCUGGUUCUGAGAUGUGGAAUCCAAACACAGAAGUGAGUGAAGAUUGCCUGUAUCUUAAUAUAUGGGUUCCAGAUCCACAACCAAAAGGUGCAAGUGUCAUGGUUUGGAUAUAUGGUGGUUCCUUUGAAACCGGGACAUCUUCUCUUGAUGUGUAUGAUGGCAAGUUUCUGGCACAAUCUGAACAGGUCAUUGUGGUAUCAAUGAACUACAGAUUAGGUGCCCUGGGAUUUUUGUCAUUUCCUGGAAAUUCUGACGCUCCAGGAAAUGUUGGCCUCUUUGACCAGAGAUUGGCUCUUCAAUGGGUUUAUGAGAAUAUUGCAGCAUUUGGUGGGAAUCCUCAAAGCAUAACCAUUUUUGGAGAAAGUGCUGGAGCAGCCUCAGUAAGUUAUCAUUUGCUUUCUCCAAAAAGCCACACAUAUUUUACAAGAGCCAUUAUGCAAAGUGGUUCUGCUAACGCUCCUUGGGGUGCUGUAAAUAAAACAGCAGCCAGGCACAGAGCUUUGAUAUUAGCCAAUCAGCUGGGUUGUUCUUACAAGACUGAUAACAAAAUCAUUGCCUGCCUUCGUACCAAAACUCCCAAUGAGAUAUCUGAGAAAGCUUAUUCUGUUAUUCCAUCCAAUGAGAGAUCAAUAAUAGAAAUUACUUUUCCUCCUGUCGUUGAUGAAGAUUUUCUCACAGAAAUGCCAGAAAAGUUGUUAAAACUUGGUCAACUUAAAAAGAACACAGAUAUUUUAACUGGAGUUAAUAAGGAUGAGGGAUCAUAUUUCCUUGUAUAUGGAAUUCCGGGAUUCAGUAAAGAUCAUGAGAGUUAUAUAAAUAGAGCACAGUUUGAAGAAAGUGUCAGAUUAUCUUUCCCAAAAGCAACAAAACUUGCAGUAGACUCCAUCCUGUUCCAUUAUACAAACUGGGAAGAUGAAGAGGAUCCGGCUCUUUAUCAUGAUGCCAUGGAUGACAUUGUUGGAGAUUCCAAUUUUAUAUGUCCUCUACUGGAAUUUACAAGGAGAAAUGCGGACCUUGGGAACAAUGUUUAUCUGUACUACUUUCAACACAGAUCUUCCCAGCUUGCUUGGCCUGAAUGGAUGGGAGUCAUGCAUGGCUAUGAGAUUGAGUUUGUAUUUGGAAAGCCAUUGGAGAAGAAACUUAAUUAUACCAAAAAAGAGGAAACACUGAGCCGUACAGUAAUGAGACAAUGGGCUAAUUUUGCAAAAACAGGGAACCCAAAUGGGGCGGAACCGUUGCAAAACCAAUGGCCUGCUUUUACUCUUGAUGAUCAACAUUACACAGUGAUAGACACGGAGGACGUAUUGACAAAACAGAAAAUGCGAAUCAAACAAUGUAAAUUCUGGAAUGAAUUCUACCCCAAAGUCUUGCAAAUCAGAGAUCCUGUUCACUGCUCUGCCAUUGGUAUCACUGUUACCAGAAGUUUGUCCUUGGUUACUAUGAUACAUUUGCUGAUAAUUAAUAUGAUGUGAGUUGACCAAUGCUUUGCUUGUUGGCUACUCUUCUCCAUGGACAGGCCAUCCUCUGCUUCAUGAAGCCCUUAUAGAGACUGUUAAUACAUUUUGCUGCACAUUUCAGUAUGGAAGACUUCCCUAGUAUAUGGUUUGACUUUGCGUUCAUUGUCCGACUUGUGGCAACACAAUGGUUUGAUGGGCUUAACUUUAUACUAUAAUUAUUUUGUUUAUACUAACAUACUGUAUGUACAGGAAUAUGAGAAAGUAGGUACAACUCCAUGUAAAGUUUCUUCUUCUUUUGUAAUAUGUGGACAUCAAUAUUUUAUCUUCAUCCAAACAGUAUAUAAAGAUAAAGAUGAUGUAACUGUUCAAAAAAAAACCAAGACGCAUUUGCAAUAAUUCAAUAAAAAAUUUCCAGCUA